AUGCGGCUUCGAGCGUUCCGAGGCGGGGCACAAAAUCUGCAAAGAGAUAGUGCGCCUCAGCGCAUCUGCACAGCAAUCCCUCUAAUGGACUUUUCUAUUGAACGAAGUGUGAAGAAGUUAACGUUGGCGAUGUCGAUCGAUUUGAAGCAGAACCUAGACGUCAUCGACUAUUUCGGGGCUCUCGUGGUGUGGGUGAUCUUCUUCUCGAUUCUCUUCAUUGUUUCCGUCACCUGCAUCAAUUGGUGCUGCAUCCAGAAACACGAUGAUAUCACGGUGCUUGAAGAAUGGGGCUACAACCACAAAUUGCACAUGCGAAUGGGCCCACAUCGGCCAUCAGUUGUCGCCCGAAAUGUCCGCCACCCACUAAAAGAAGAUAAUGCCUUGUGA